UCCCAGGCUGGAGUGCAGUGGCCGGAUCUCAGCUCACUGCAAGCUCCGCCUCCCGGGUUUACGCCAUUCUCCUGCCUCAGCCUCCCGAGUAGCUGGGACUACAGGCGCCCGCCAGCUCGCCCGGCUAAUUUUUUUUUGUAUUUUUAGUAGAGACGGGGUUUCACCGUGUUCGCCAGGAUGGUCUCGAUCUCCUGACCUCGUGAUCCGCCCAUCUCAGCCUCCCAAAGUGCUGGGAUUACAGGCUUGAGCCACCGCGCCCGGCUAAACCUAUUUUCUUAAUUUUUUUUUGAGACGGAGUCUCGCUCUGUGGCCCAGGCUGGAGUGCAGUGGUGCGAUCUCGGCUCACUGCAAACUCCACCUCCCGGGUUCACGCCAUUCUCCUGCCUCAGCCUCCCAAGUACCUGGGACUACAGGCACAUGCCACCACUCCUAGCUCAUUUUUGUAGUUUUAGUAGAAACGGGGUUUCACCAUGUUGACCAGGCUGGUCUCGAACUCCU